CACGCAUACUUACAACAAUCGCAUAUUCAUGCGAGGUUGCCGUGCGUUGGAGCUUGACUUCUGCACGAUCUAAUGACUGAAAUUUUUUCUUUGUGCGAAUUUACCGAGAGUUACCCUAAAUUGGAGUCGCUAAACGUGGAAUUCUAACAGUUGGAUUGAUCGAGCCGUGCCAAGGAGCGCGGUGGCGGCGACAUACAGCCCGAGCGCUGUACACGAACAUGGUCCACGCACACAUUUACCGGAAUUUGGACUAACAAGAUGGAUCGACCUCUGAAGCAGGAGCCGCUGUUUGAAGGAGAAGGAGGUGAAACCGGUGAUACAGGAGGUUUGUCGUUUUCCUUGAUCCCCAUCCGUGUUAAAAAAGAGGACAACACCUUCCAUUCAGACAACACAGUGGCUAGACCAAGCAUCAAACCUACUCCAGAGACUCUCUGGUUGGCCACAUCAGGAGGUGCCACAAGUAGCCAUAACCUGCAAGCCCCUGAACGUGAAGAUGAUGAGCCAGAUGAGAGAUCAUCGGAUGAAGGUAUUGGGCGGUCCCCUGCUACAUAUGAAAACGCCAUGCAGUCACAUUCUGAGGAGGAAGCGGGAUCAUCUUCAGGUAGUGCGCAAGACACCAGGAAAGGUUCAUUAUUGGACACUCAAGCUAAGCCAAUAUUUUUCUGUGAUGUCUGUAGUAUGGCGUUCACCGAAGAGAACCACCUCGCCCGUCACAUGCAAAAACACACAUUUAUUUGUCACUUUUGCGGCAAGCAAUUUUCAUCGGACUCUGAGUUGUUGCAGCACGAAGAUGUCCAUAAGAAGGGUCAAGAGCACUGCUGCAAAGAAUGCGAUAUCAUCUUUGAGAGCAAGGCCGCUCUAGAGGAUCACUAUGGAGAUCAUAUGUAUGCCUGCUCUCUGUGUCCGAAGACUUUCACCAACCAUAUUGCAUUGUUGAACCACGAAAAUGGCCACCAGGAUCCAAAGCUUAGUUGCAAUGGUUGCGGGAAGAGUUUCAAUCGCUUGAGUAAUCUUAAGGUUCAUAAACAGAAACACUGCAGAAGAGGAAGCCAGGUCAGCAGAAACCUAAGGGCCAAUAAAGGGCCAAGAGGCAGCGUUAGUCCCAGGAGUGCCAAGGAGACCCCUAUACAGGAAAAUGGAGAAGACAAUGGGACACAGAAUUGUGCUGAAGAUGAUGGUUCCAGGGAACAGGAUGAUAUGGCUGUUCCGGUGAAAAAUGCUGUUGCACCAAAGUUGGGAAGGGAUCUGUAUUUUCAUUGCUCCGAUUGCCCAAAAGCAUUCAGCAACAAGGACGACUUUGCAAAGCACAAGCUUAAUCAUCAAGGAAAUAAUGGGACCAUGACGAAUGGUACUACUCGAUCAGAAGCUCAUGUAGGUCUGGAAACUUCAACAUAUGGCGAUGGAUUUGAAUGCAAAGACUGUAGAACAACCUACCCUUCUUUAGGAGCUCUGCAAAAUCAUCUUUUAAAGCACAUAUAUCCAUGUCAUCUGUGUGAUAGUAGCUUCACAAAUUUAAGACUAUUUAAGAGACAUGUGAACAGUCAUAACCUGAUCUACCCGUGCCCUCAAUGUGAGCGAGAGUUUAAAAAACGAUAUUACCUACAGGUUCAUGUGGCGAGAGUACACAGGCCUAGUGAAAGAGAUGGAGCUGGCAAGAGUGGCAUAAGCUCAACUGAGACUGUCCUGAAGGACACCAACGAACCCCAAUCCCCUGUGCAACCAAGCUCCUGUGAAUCCCCGCUGAAAGAAGAUAUUGCGAUGAAACGUUCUCUUCGGCUUAAGUGCAGGAUAUGUGGGAAAUCAUAUGCCAGGAAAAGCGACCUGACAAAGCACAUGAAUCAUGGGAAGCAUAAUCGACCUCGUCUGCAGACCAGCAGUGGCUUAAAAGUGGAAACACCAAGCCGUCAACAGCAAUCAACUAGUACUGGACAUGCUAAGUCACCACCAUCUUUAAGUGCAACAUUUAAAGGUAUUAUUCGUCCAAAGACAAUCUCAAUACAGUCCAAACCGAUCAUGGAUGGAAAUUCGGGGACACAAGGAAAUGAUCGUUCAGUGCAAGAUAGCAAGAUGAGAGAGCCGGCCACUUCAGAAUUCGAAUGCAAGAUCUGUUCAAAGAUCUUUGCCCAGAAGCGAUAUCUUACUGACCACACAAAACGACAACAUCAAGAGAAGAACAAUGAAACCAAAGUUGAAGUGCUUGAGAAGUCUAAAAGUGUGGUAUUUCAAUGUAGAAGGUGUCCGAAAAGAUUUCAUAGAAAGUCAGACCUCACAAUGCACAUGAAGCGUGGAAAGCACCCUGCCAUCUCCAAGAAAGGGAAACGAGUAAUCAAAGAUUCUGAGACAGGAGGACUUCCAAAGAUUUCCAGUAGGAAAGAAACACUGAACUCGCCUUCUUCAAGUUCAGACUUGAGCUGCAAGAUUUGCUCCAAGACAUUCUCAAGCCAAUAUCGCCUUUCUGUGCACAGGACCCUUGAAAAGCAUGAUGAUAGCAUCAGUGUAAGACAGUGCAGUAUAUGUUCCAAGAUCUUUAAACAAAAGAGAUAUCUCGCAGAUCACAUAAGGCUGUAUCAUCCAGAACUUAGAAUUAACAUAAAAGCAAAAGGAACAAAGAAGUUGGAUGGUUCAGAAAUCCAGUCGAAGGGAAAGAGUAACAUUUCGAUGCACCUAAAAGAUGGAAAGCAAGGAGAGGUCAACCAACAAGGAAAAGAUGCCGUGGUAGGUUUAGAGUUAGGAGGGCUUCCAAAGAAUUUCAAGUGUAGUGAAUGUCCAAAGGUAUAUAACAGUAAACUUUACUUUCAAAGGCACAUCACAUUAAAACAUCCAGGCAGCAGAAUGACUGAUAUGCUGAAGAAGUCUCAAGGAACAAAGUUCCAUUGCAGGAAAUGUCCCAAAACAUUUCGUAGAAAGUCUGACCUCACAAUGCAUAUGAAGCGAGGAAAGCACCAAGCCACCCUCCAGAAAGGCAAAGGGGCAAUCAGAAAGUUUGAGAUAGGAAAUGAUGGUUCAGUGCGAGAUAACAAGGUGAGAGAACCGCCAACCACAGAAUUCCGAUGCAAGUUCUGUUCAAAGAUCUUUGCCCAGAAGCGAUAUCUUACUGACCACAUGAAACGAAAACAUCAAGAAAAGAACAAUGGAACCAAAGUUGAAGUGCUUGAGAAGUCUAAGAGUAUGGUAUUUCAAUGUAGAAAGUGUCCGAAAAGGUUUCGUAGAAAGUCUGACCUCGCAAUGCACAUGACGCGAGGAAAGCACCCAGCCAUCUCCCAGAGAUACAAACGAGUAGGUCAAAGUUCAGACUUAAGAUGCAACAUUUGUUCCAAGACAUUCUCAAGCCAAUAUCGCUUUUCUGUGCACAUGGCACUAGGAAAGCAUGGUGGCAUCAGUGUAACCCAGUGCAGUAUAUGUUCAACGAUCUUCAAACAAAAGAGAUAUCUCACAGAUCAUAUGAGGAGGUCGCAUCCAGGGAUUAGAAGCAACAUCACAAAAGCAAAGGGAAAGAGUAACAUUUCUAUGCACCUAAAGCAUGGAAAGCAUGGAAAGGUCCUCCAGCAAGAAAAAACUGAAGUGGUUGGUUCAGAGUUGGGAGGGCUUCCAAAGAAUUUCAAGUGUAGUUUAUGUCCAAAAGUAUAUGGCACUAGACGUCACCUUCAAAGGCACAGAUCAAAAAUUCAUCCAGAAAUGGUGAGGAAGUUACAAGGAACAAAGUUCCAUUGCACGAAAUGUCCCAAAACAUUUUGUAGAAGUUCAGACUUCAGCAAGCACAUGAGUAGCGGAAAGCAUGAAAAGGGUGAAGACAUGAACCAAAAUCAGAAACGCCAAGUUAAAUAUGAGCCUAUAGAAGCUCCAGUUAUAUCUACAGAGUCUACCUUCGUCUGUACAAAAUGUCCUAAAGAAUUUGCAAGGAAGUGUGAUCUUAAAGUGCACAUGGAUCGUAGUAAGCACGUAAAAACAAAAGAGGUUAGAAUAGAAUCAGGGUCGUCAAACCUGUCCGAAUCGCUUGCCCACAAGUGUUCUUUAUGUACUAAUUCAUAUAGCAAUAGAUCAAGUUUGUUGAGGCACAUAAAAGGAAAACAUCCAGUGCAUCAGUGUCAGAUCUGUCUAAAAUCCUUUUCCUGCAAACGUUACUUGACAGCACACAUCAAAUGCAGGCAUCCCGAGUUGCUUAGCCAAAAGUCCAACGGAAAGGGCUCGUCAGUCGAGUGUCUCAUAUGCUUUAAGUCAUUUUCAAGGAAAUAUACAUUGACUCAGCACAUGAAGAAGUGUCACUCAAGAGAUGCCCACCUCAGGGUCUAUCAAAGCAAGAGUAUCUGUAAAGAAACGCCUACUGUAGGUCUCACCAAUCACCAAUGUCCUCAAUGCCCAAAGGCUUUCCCUACUGCCUUUGGCUUGACCAUGCACAUCAAGCUCGGGAAGCACAUUAGUGUCAAGAAUCAGAGCAGAAAUACAUUUGGAAACACUCGAGUAAGGGGACCCAAAGAUACAUUCUACCAAUGUGGGAAGUGUCCGAGAGUAUUCAGUAAGCAAAGUGACUUGUCUUUGCACAUGAAACGUGGCAAGCACCCGAUCAAGGAGUCGGCGCAUACAUACUUACGAUGUCCCAAAUGCCCAAGGACUUUUUCCAGAAAGGAAUAUCUACUCCAGCAUAUGAAGAAGGGUGAACACAUAAACCAAAAUCAAAUCAUCAAGGACACUCCAAAAAUGGACACUACCAAACAAGAGGGGUCUUCAGGUUCCAAAAGGUUCAUGUGCAGCAAAUGUACAAUGUCCUAUACAAGGAAAAAUCAUCUUCAGAACCACAUUCGCUCAAAACAUCCGCAAAGUGAGAGUCAAGAGGCAGAAGUGUCUUCUCAGCAAACGAGAGCAGUUGUUUCUGGGGAAUCCAAUGGAUUAUUACCAGAUGGCAAGGAAGUACGAAUGGCAGCCUCUUCGUCAGAGAAAGGAGGUUCCUCACAAAUGGAACAAGAAGAGGCAGUGGUGUUUUCUCAGUCGGCGAGAACUGUUGUUUCUGAAAAAUCCAAUGGAUUACUACCAGAUGGCAAGGAAGUAGGAAAAACAGCAGCCUUUUCUUCAGAAAUAGCAAGUUCCUCACAAAUGGAACAAGAAGAGGUAGUGGUGCAGCCAGCGAGAACAGUUUCUGAAAAAUCCAAUGGAUUAUUACCAGAUGGCAAGGGAGUAGGAAAACCAGCGUCUUCUCCAGCGAAAGGAAGUUCCUCAAAAAUGGCAUGGAAGUGUCCAGAAUGUGAAAAAAUCUUUGCAAGCAGGCCAGAACUAAAUAGACACCAGGACACCCAUGUCUUCAUGUGCAAUUACUGCAACCGAUUUUACACAACACAUAAGAGUUUGGAGGAACAUGCCUGUGCGCAAAAAAAACGUGCUUCAUCUCCUUCUCCAGUUGCUUCCAAUGUACCAAAACCCAAGAACCCUGAGGUUGUCCACAAAUGUGAGCUUUGUAUGAAGUCGUUUCCAUCUAACGCAGACCUUGAAACACACAAAGAGCAGCACACACUCAAUGAGUUUAAAGAUGAUGCGACUACCAGUAGUGCUAGUGUGAUGCCUUCAAAGAAAACGACAGUGAUUCCGGAUCAUUUUCUAACCUGUAGAUUCUGUGAUAAGGUGUUCACUUCUUUAGAAUUGGUACACAACCAUGAGCGGUCUCAUCUGUCAUCUAUGUAAAACUAGAUUGAAAUUCAGGUGUUCACUUCUUUAGAAUUGGUACACAACCAUGAGCGGUCUCAUCUGUCAUCUAUGUAAAACUAGAUUGAAAUUCAGGUGUUCACUUCUUUAGAAUUGGUACACAACCAUGAGCGGUCUCAUCUGUCAUCUAUGUAAAACUAGAUUGAAAUUCAGGUGUUCACUUCUUUGGAAUUGGUACACAACCAUGAGCGGUCUCAUCUGUCAUCUAUGUAAAACUAGAUUGAAAUUCAGGUGUUCACUUCUUUAGAAUUGGUACACAACCAUGAGCGGUCUCAUCUGUCAUCUAUGUAAAACUAGAUUGAAAUUCAGGUGUUCACUUCUUUAGAAUUGGUACACAACCAUGAGCGGUCUCAUCUGUCAUCUAUGUAAAACUAGAUUGAAAUUCAGGUGUUCACUUCUUUAGAAUUGGUACACAACCAUGAGCGGUCUCAUCUGUCAUCUAUGUAAAACUAGAUUGAAAUUCAGGUGUUCACUUCUUUGGAAUUGGUACACAACCAUGAGCGGUCUCAUCUGUCAUCUAUGUAAAACUAGAUUGAAAUUCAGGUGUUCACUUCUUUAGAAUUGGUACACAACCAUGAGCGGUCUCAUCUGUCAUCUAUGUAAAACUAGAUUGAAAUUCAGGUGUUCACUUCUUUAGAAUUGGUACCCAACCAUGAGCGGUCUCAUCUGUCAUCUAUGUAAAACUAGAUUGAAAUUCAGGUAUUUACUUCUUUAGAACUUGUACCCAACCAUGAGCGGUCUCAUCUGUCAUCUAUGUAAACUAGAUUGAAGUUUCAUACAUUGGUUUCCAAUUUUCUGCUCUUUUAUUUGAGAAUAUUAGGGAUGGUCGAUGACAUGGUUAUCCACUUCGUCAAUUGAUCCUCAUGACAGAUUUUCAACCUUGUUUUAUUAAUUUUUGUUGCAUUUUUUUUUAUCACUUGUGCCUUAACUGCAACUAUAUAUUCUGUGUGUGUGUACGAUAUUUUAAUAUGGUAACGAUUCCCCCAUCUUCAUUUUGACCUACACUUGCUAGUUAAAUCGGUAACGCUUUUCGCUAUUGACACUGUACUAGAAUAUGAAGAGUCAUGUUUUUCAUGGGUGUUUUUUCUCUGAAAUUCUUUCACACUUGCAUAAUAACAAUGACAACGCUCUCACCUCUCCCCAGAACUCAACCUAAGUUCUCUUUAAGUGAAAUUAAAUGUUGUAAAUUCUGAGAUAUAUGUGUAUUUCUGAUAACUGUUUGACCAAAAUAUGUCUAUUUUGAGAAAAUCAGAAGUUUUUUGAGCUUGACUAACUGGACUUUUUUCUCCACAUUUGAAAGGGUUCCAUAUGUAUACAAUUUUGAAGAUUAGCACCCACCGCUAAUCAAUAUUUUUUUUAAACAGACAUUAAUUGCUGGGCUGUUGCUGAAUGGGUGGUUUUCAUAUUAGGAUGUAAAUACAAAUGGAAUUCUUACGGUGCUAUUGUGUCAUGUAUGUUCAUGAAAACGGAAGGAUAUUUUCGAUAAUAGACCAAAACUCAUUGUGCUAUUUUAUAUUGUUCGUCCAUUCAAAUACACAUUUAGGGCUUCCGCAAUCAGGUUGCCAAAAUUUUAAGCAUUUCGCAGCAAUGUUCGUGCGCACCUGCGCGUGGCCAGCAGAUGAUGUGUUUACUACACACAAUACUAGAAACUCCAGGCAUUGUGCAUAUAACCAGCUGCACCUGCGCAGUUUCCGAACGUUCUCUAUUCAUUUAUUUAUUUCUAAAAUACAUUCCGCUGUUCAUUAUUGCUGCUAAAGUGCCGUCAAGAUGCAUUUGGUUGGCUAAGUGUCGUGACAUGCCUGGUGAGCACGAGGCGUUAUUUAGAUUACGUAAUCCCCUGCUCUAAGCAAGUCUGUGCAGACAAUCGUGCAUACGCCAUUGCUUUCAAAGCAUUGUUCGCACUGCCCAUUUUACGUUUCCCUUUUUUUUAGUACGACAAUGAGUACUGACAAUGAGUCGUAGCCCCGCUGGUUUCCGUCAUGCAAAUGACGCCUCGCGCUCAUCGUACCCUGUAGAUUUGAAGUAGCACGUGUUUACCAUUAUUUCAUACGCAUGGAUCUUAUGCUUUAGGUUUCUAUUGAUAUGUCUGUAAAUAAUGUUAAUUCUACUAACUUUAAUUAGUAAAUGUUUCAUUGCUAUAAGUAAUUUUUUCUAUUUUUACAGUUGAACCUGUCCAUAUUAAGAUCAGCCAAGAUAAAGUGACCAUUGUAGGCAAGUUAACUUUCUAGGCAGAUUCAACAACACAUUUAUUCAUUGAGGUGUUCACGAAGACAUGUUUGACUGUGCACGUCUUUCUGACGUCCUCAAAAUGAUACUUGUAUUAGUUCAUGUCUCUAAUCACGUGUCGAAUUCCCGAUGAAAUUUACCUUUUAUUUAAAUUGACCUGAUUAUGAAAAAUCAGGUCAAUGAAAUGGAGAAAGAAUUCAAAUCAAUAAAACUCCAGACUUUUUCGCUGUCCAUACAGGUGAUAAACGUUAUAAUAAGUAAAAGGGACUAAAUCAAAUGAAACUUGUUCGAUGUUUGUGUUUCGUGACUAUAUAAAUGAAAUUGGUAACUGUAUUUGCGAAGAUUUUAUCAUGCAAUGGACCAUUUUUGAAAUGCAACCAAAUCUAAAAUACACAUGUACGUCUUUGUAAAUUGCCUCAAGACAAAUAUUUUAUUCACCUGUAAUGAACAAUUGAAUUUCAAUGGUCAGAAUGCAAAAUGCAUAAAUUGUAUGUUAAGAUAAUGUUUGUCCUACUUUUGAAAUACAUUAAUAUGUACUCGUAAAAGAUGAAUGAAAUGUUUGUAUCGAGGCACUUCACAAACACGCAUGCAUUACAUUUGGUUUCAUAUGUUAGGUAGCCCAGUGAUUGCGGGCAGUUUCUGUUAAAAAUUAAUGCUGAUGGAUAUUCGUCAUGACUUUAGACGGGCAUGGCUUUAAAUUCAUUCGAUAUUUUCAUUGAUUAUGUUUUUAAAUUUGCAUUUGAUAAUGUUUUGCCGAAUUAUCUUGUACACUAUUCAUAUUUCAGUACAUAAAUUUCUUGGUGACUUUUUUGGACUUUUACAAUUUUCGAGUUUUUUAAAGGUUCUAUAUAUAUAUGUGCUUCUUUGCUUAAUUGUUUAAGUUGUA